AUGGGCAGCCGGGGCGAGGAUGAGAAUGAAGAGGAAACGCCGCUCGAGAUUGAAGACUACUCGUGCAACACCCACUUUGAAGAAGUCGUUGGGGAAAUUGAACGUUAUCUCGUGGAGGAGUUUAGUAAGCGACAGGAGCUGCAGCGGUUUCUUGUGAAUCCAUUGCAUCCCCAUCACAGCCACGAUGAAAGAGACAUGGCGGCAAGAGGCAGUAGUGAUGGCGUUGGGGAAAUUGUCUUUGGACGGAGCUUUUUUAUUUUUCCUGAGGGCGGUUACGGCAGGGGGACGAGCAACACCGAUGACGAGGGCAUUGCUGUGGAAAUUCAUGUACAGAAUGGCUUACGCGAAAAUGGAAAGCGGCAACGACAACAAAAACUGCACCCAAUCGCCCGUAUUUUUGCACUUCCAUUGUUUUUUUUGGCACGAGGGACCACAACGGCACCGUCGUAUCGCACCAGUGAGUCCUCCUUUUACCUCUCACUUCUCACAACCGCAGUGGGCCGGGUGUUGCGUGGUCCCCUUUCACUGCGCUUUGAUGGUGACCCCUCGUGUCUACCAUCACCGUUCUUUUACGUUAACGGUAUGGCGCCGUGCUUUGUUUCGGUGGGAGAUCAUUAUCAAUUAGCCUUCAAAGGGGUGGCACCGCCGGUCAUGGUGGGUCAUGCAAAAUGCAGCACAACGGAGCCGUGGACACUGCAACAACUCAUUGCUCAACCUGUAGUGAAAUGCCGAUUUCACUGUAGCGCCUACCCGCAUCCGCCAGAGUGGUGCCAAAGGAUAUCGGACCAGCUGGAUAUGUUUCAGCUCCAGAUUGGACCACAGAGCCGUGUCCAGACGGAUGUGUUUGAUGGCAUUUGUGUAUCUUUGCAGCGAACAUUUCGCUUGAAUGUGCCUCGGCGUUUUUUGGAGAAUCAUUAUGCAGAAGUUGAGCCUAGCUCCUGCGGCGAUGUAAAGGCAAGGAGUUCCACAUUGUUGUGGCAUGAUAUUCUGGAGCUUGAAAAUGAAACUAUGCUUCUUUCUGCAGGCCCAACGAACUUCCCCUUUGGUACCGGCACUGCCCCUUUACGGGGUAUUGACUUUUGCUUCCAGUGGAACCAAUUGCUGGAUACAGAAGCACAUGACGGUGGAAGGCGGAAUUCCAACCUGAAUCCAUUUGCCCCAGAGGGAAUGGUAUUACAGAAUAAGUUAACCAUCCGAGCCAUGGCGAUUCCAAAGAAGGAAUGUGAAUUGAACCAUACCGCGUGCAAACCUCUUUCGGAAUACGUGUAUAUGGUAAUGGAACAUGUUUCACCGGGAGAGAGUUUGCGAGAGGUGGAAGGAUAUUCUAAUAUUCUUACCUGUAUAGCCGAUGACAUUGUCUUUGGUCAUAAAAUAAGUCUGGCGAGGCAGAAAGCACUUAUUGAUCGCCUGACGAGGCAUGAGGGACAGAGUGAGAAAGUAAAAACGGAUAUUCGUCAUAUUUAUUUUCCCGGUUCACUUCUUUGCCGUUUUGCAUAUGCGUGUGCAAAUCAAAUACACAAUUUGGACGAUGUACUUCCACUGUGGUUGUUGGUAGUGGAACACCUUGGAGAUUUACUUGAAAGCAAGGGCGAAAGACGACAAGCUCUAGAGGAACUCAUUGGAAUCAUUGGAAUCCCAGACGUGGAGGAUAUUGAUCAUGGAUUGCCGUUAUUGGUUCAGAAAUUGCAACUGCUUUCCUAUUGCGCAAGGCGUAUGUUGUGUGAAAGUAAAUCUGUUGCGGUCAAGCAACCCGCCGAUGGUUGGGAUGACGACAUGGACGAUUUGGCUUCACACAGUAGAGGUGAAGCUUCUGCAGCCGAUGGCGAGUGUUCAGCGGAUGGAUUUCUCAUCUCAGGAAAGUGUCUCAUUACAAAUGGUGAGCCGUUAGUGGAGCCAAAGGCACUCCCCACCCCUCCGUGCACAUCGGAUGUGAUGAUGAUGAAGGCACAAGAGCUGCAGAAUCUCGGUACGGAAUCGGCAGGGCGGCACACACGUGCAUGGAUUCAGAGUGAAGGACUUUUUAAUGACAUGUGUUUAUUCCUGUAUUUCAACCGGGCUCAAGAAGGGCGUGUGGUUCGUUUUCCGGAUUUUGUUCAGUGGCAUAGUCCACGCGACUUUAUUCCUCCCUUGUGUGACUCGAAAGAAAAAAAGGACGACGAUGAUGCGUACUUGUCUGAGCGGAUGCGGCGCCAUUCCAACGCUGAGAAUGGAUUGGUGAAUAUAUGGUGGCCAUUGUGGGAGCGAGCCACUCCUCGAUCGCCGGAGGAGAUUAUUGCUCAGUCGUUUGUUCCCCAUGAACAGGCUCGACUUAUUAUUCGGUGGAUGGAGAAGGAACUCUCCGCUUCAGAACUUCUCAUUGAGACUGUGCACGCAAAUUUCACUAAUUCCCUGCAUCGCAUCCUCUCACAUCGCUGCAUGGAGGGCAAUCGGGAAAUAGCGGCAUAUGCGCAGUGUAAAAACGAAAACAUCGCAAAAAGUAUUAAAGCGGUGAUGCAAACGGAUGGCAGUGCACCUUUAGAUAAUGAAGGUAUUCGCACCAUCUACUGCAGUGCUAUUCGUCAGAUUGGAGAAAUUGAAACGUGCUUGUGUGCUGCCUUGGCGAUUGAGCGUAUGUUAGGUGCGUCCCACGGUAUCAGUGACGCCGCGCCACCACACACCGAUGAGCCAUGCACAUCCAUGGGACAACUCAUCGCGACGCUUGCCUCCCCGAUAGCAGAAAAAGAAGAAGACGACCACAAGGAACUCGCAUUAGUUGAGGCUUCAUUAAAUUGGAAUUUAUGGCAACGCGGUGGCAUUGCAAAUCGUUUUAAUGAGGACGAUCAGAAUCCAGUGACGAUGCGGCUUCGUGCCACGUGUAUGGCAGAGAGGCCUUUAAAUACAACGGCAUGCUUUCAACAAAUGUUUGCUGAGAUGGAUGAAACAGGCGUGUUCCGUGUAGCGUUGGCGCUAGCGGACGAAGUUCUGUAA